AUGUUUCUUUAUCGAUGUGAUAGAAUUUUGUGUUCCUAAGAAUCGAACUUUUUUUUUAUGUUUGAUUAUAUUUAAGUAUCUUUAGUUACCUAUCUGUUAAGUUCGUAUGUAGUAAUUAGGUUGGAUGUUCAGUAUCGGCUCCGUAAACGAUUUCAUAAUAUUGCUCCGACUUCAGUAGGAGUUUUUUUAUCAUUUUGCACUCCUAAGAAAUAUUUAAACUUAAUGUUGUCAAACAAGAUUCCCUACGCUUGUCAUAUGAUUGUACGCUCUUGUCAUUCAAGUGUUAAAUGGAAGGAAAAAGUAUUUUCUGGUAUACAGCCAACAGGUACAUUACAUUUGGGCAAUUAUUUUGGUGCUGUGUCCAAAUGGGUUAAGUUACAAAACGAAGACAGAGAAGUCUUUUAUAGCAUUGUUGACUUGCACUCGAUUACCUUGCCAUAUGAUGCUAAGAAAUUAGAAAAAAAUGUGCUGCUCAUGACGGCAAGUCUAAUUGCAUGUGGUAUUAAUCCUGAAAGAAGUACAUUGUUCUUACAGUCUCAAGUACCUGAACAUACACAGUUGAGUUGGGUUCUUGGAUGUUUAACUACAAUGCCUAGAUUAGGUCAGUUACCUCAGUUUAAAGAAAAAUCUGCAACUUUAAAAGAUGUUCCCCUUGGUUUGUACUUAUAUCCAAUUUUACAAGCAGCAGACAUACUUUUAUAUAAAGCUACUAAAGUGCCUGUUGGCGAAGAUCAAAUCCAAAAUUUGCAAUUAGCUCAUAGUUUAGCUCGCACAUUUAAUAGACAAUAUGGUGAAACAUUUCCUAUAUCAGAAGUUCUUGUUCAGCAGGAUUGCUCUUCAAGGAUAAGAAAUCUUCGUGACCCUACAAAAAAAAUGUCCAAAUCCCAUCCAGAUAAACGUGGAAAAAUAGAUAUCACAGAUACACCAGAUGAUAUUGUAGAAAAAGUAAAAAAGGCGGUUACAGAUUGUACAUCGCAAAUAACAUAUGAUCCAGAUAACCGACCAGGAGUUUCUACACUUUUAACCAUGCAUUCCCUUAUUUCUGGACUUUCCCCAGAAGAAAUUUGUGAAGAAAAUAAAUUAUUGGACACUGGACGGUAUAAACUUAUAGUUGCAGAAGCAUUAGUUGAAAAAUUUACCCCUAUACGUCAAGAGAUUAUAAAAUUAAUGGAUUCACCUGAAUAUUUGAGUAAAGUGCUCCAAGAAGGACAGAAAAAAGCACAUUUAAUUGCUUUAGAGACAUGGCAAGAAGUAGCUUCAAAAAUUGGUACAAUACCAAAUAACAUAAUUGAAAAUCAAUUUUUGAAAAAUAAAAACUGAUUUCUAAUUUGA